CUGCUCCCUCACGGGGCCGGGUCGGGGUUGCACCACCGCCCGCGCCCCCGCCCCCGCCCCCGCCCCCGGGCGCCUUCGUCCCCAGGCCCGCAGCGGUGUCUCCUCUGGCCGCUGGCCACCCUCGGGGCAGCGCUGACGUGACCCUGCAGUUUACCUUUGCUGAGAACGUAGGAGGAGAUGCCAGUCUUAGAGCUAGAGGAUUUCCUGGGAAGUUCUGCAGAGUCCUGGCUAUCUGUGUCCAUCACUGUCGCCAUCUCUCAGCCACUCUCCUGCCUGAUGCUUGUCCUUCAAGAGCAGGGGAUCUCCCCUCAGAACCCCAAAGGAAUUAAUCUGCAUUUCCAUUCAAUCAACUGAGAUUUUUCACAUGUUAUCAGUGAUGCUGGGAGGUGACAACAAUCACUGAUGCUUCAGGUGAAGCUAAUAGUAACUGGAGAUGACUUCGGCUAUUGUCCUCGGAGAAACCAAGGCAUUGUGGAAUGUUUCCUGGCUGGUGCGAUCUCUAACGUGUCCCUUCUAGUCAACGGAAGUGCUGCAGCAGAUGCAGCCAAGCUGGCAAGGAGACACAACAUCCCAAUAGGCCUGCAUGCCAACCUCUCCGAGGGGUCCCCUUCAUGUGAGGUGCUCAAGACAAACUCUUCUCUGCUCAACCAAGAUGGAUUUUUCCAUGGAAAAAUGGGAUUCAGAACAGCUCUAUCAAAAGGUCUCCUGAAUAUGUCAGAGGUGAAGCAGGAGCUAAAGGCCCAGGUGGAGCUCUUCCAUGAUCUGACAGGUCACCUACCUUCUCACAUGGAUGGGCACCAGCACGUCCAUGUUCUCCCAGAGGUCAGGCACAUAUUUGCAGAGGUGUUGGAGGAAUAUGGGAUUAAGUACACACGUGUCCCAGUAGAGCCAGGCCUUCAUAACUGUGACUGGAUUCCACCAUUCCUGAUGGACUUUUACCUGGGAGUAGAAGAAGAUUCUUUUAACACAGUGGAUGUGUUUACAAAGCAUGGAAUAAGGUGGCCAGACAUUUACAUAGGGCUGAGCACCAUGGGCAGGAACAUGUCUGUGAGCAGCGUCCGCAGCGCCAUCGACAGUGCCGUGCUGCAGCUCAGGGCCAGGGCGCCGCCCAGCAGCACCGGGACAAUCGAACUGAUGGUGCACCCGGGCUACCCCAGCGUCCCCCCUGUCGGCGGCUGUGGGGAAGGACCAGAUGAUUUCUCACAGUCUUGGGAACGCCUCCACGAACUUGAGACAUUAGUUAAGCCAGAGCUGCAGAGCUAUUACAAAAGCAGGAACAUUCAGCUGUGUUCAUUCAGAGAUCUUUAAAUAAAUGAGCAGACAUCCAUCCAUCCAUCCAUCCAUCCAUCCAUCCAUCCAUCCAUCCAUCCAUCCAUCCAUCCAUCCUCUGAAGAUAGGCAGCUGCUAACAUCCAGAGAAGCCAGAUCACUGUUAUCAGUGUCACAGUCCCUGGUGCAGCUCACAGGAGCUGUGAACAGCCUGGGAAUGUACACCACCACCCUGUAAGCAGCUCCCAGCACUGCCCAGAGCCCCAGCUGUCAGUUUUAAGGGCACAAUGUCUGCUCAAAAUGUGCCAAACUCCUUCUGUGACCCCCUCUCCACAGCACCCCAGUGCAGUACACGCUCCCAGGGCUCAGCUCCUGCCAGCAAAGGAGCAGCACGGGGACAGACUUGGCUGUGACACUGCAGCACAGCACCCUGAAGGGUCUGAUCAUUUCUCCUUUCAGACUUGAUGGCAAAACAAGAACUGUGCUGGGGAGCAGGGGCUGCUUUGGAGCAGCCACUCAGUGUAGGUCACCCACAGGAGGCCUGGACACUUUCAGCAUUUGGCUCUCUGAAAGCAGUCAGUACCUGCCCCUCACUUGUACCUGCUCACGGUGAUGGGUGCAGGGACACAUCACCCUCAGAGCCUUCCUCUGCUCAGAGCAGUUGGGUCACAUAUGGCCCAGUGGGGUCUGCAGCCACACCCAGGAGCCAGCUCAGCCAGCAGGAAUUGUGUCUCUGCCUCCUGGCAUUAAGCCCCUCCCAGGACAGUAACAUCAGGGACAGCCCUUUUGGAGAGGCUUCUUAUUUUUUGGAUGACUUUGCAGGAGCAGCAACUGUUGACCCAUCUGCUAUUUCAGUAACUGCUGUGUAUGAGAGCAACAGCAACUGGUCCUGCACCACCCACUGCCCCUCAGGACAACCACGAGCUGUGCCAGCAAUGAGCACGGCUGCGAGUGGAGAAGGUCCCUGCAUUUGUCCCUUUUAUUCCUGUCACCAGAGCAUUCAAACUCCAACAAGCUCCAGAAGUGCUGAUAUGUUCUUAACUGCAGCACUGUCAUUCCUGCAAGGACUUGCACAUGGGAAAAAAUUAUUUUAGUUUGUUUAUGCUCAUUCUCUGCACAAGAGUUAUCUAUUUAACAUAAUUGUUUUUGUUAACCAUGUUUUUUAAUAUAAAAAUAUCAGUAUGAUAAUUCUUUUAGAUGAAAAAUAAACUCAGGCCUUUUCUAUUGGAAGCUUCAGUAGGCUUUUGGGUCUAGUUACAUCUGCUGAGUGAACUAAACCCACUCACCUGUCUGCUCCCACACCGCUGGAAGGGCCUCCCCUUCUAUCAUUUAUGGAACUGUCUGACCUUUCCUAUGACACAUCUGAGGAAGUUUUUGUCCUGUACAAGUAAGAAAAUCAUCAAGGAUGCUGUAGAAGAUAUUUUCCCCAAUUGUUUCCUAUAUAAUAGAAAGUGCCUUAGAUGUGUGGGCCGGGGCUGGGUGAGAGCAGGGCGGGUGUUACCCUGGGGCUGCCCCGGCCCAAGCCGCGCCCGGAGCGCUCGCACCCGCCAGCGCCACGCCGUGCCUGCCGCGCCGCACUGCAGCUCAAAGGGUAUGAAAUUGUCACCGCGCUCUCAUGGAUACCUCAAAGCUUACCGUAAACAUUUAACGUUAGAACGUGUUACGUUUAGAACAAUGUUUAGCAUAUUCUCCAUGUUCUAAGCGCUGGCUUGGCUCUGAUCGCACCCAUAGGACGUCACAAACCUGUGCAAUUCUGGAUGCAUUUCCUGGCAGCUGAGCACCGAAGACCUGAGGGCAGCCUUUACUCGAGUGUUGCACUGUGAAAAAUGGAUUUUGUAAAUUCCUUAUUUUAAAAUGAAGAGCAUUAAACCCCAAAUUUCCACUUAAUUAGAGAAAUUAAUAAUGAACUACUAAAAGACUACUCAAUAGGGAAUCUUUCAAUUGCAUUAAAUAAUGGAAGGAAA